AUGCCAUAUUCGACGGUGCUGAUAGCACUACUGUUCGCUUCCCUCUCUGAGUCGCUUUCCCUAGAACACCUUAGGUAUUUAGGCUGGCAGAGGAACAUGCGGCCACGCCAGCAAUGUCUAGCAAAGUGCCAACGUGAGCAGUGCCCAGAUGCCAGGCUUCCUCAGAGCUGCCUCCAGGGUCAAACUUGGAACAUGUGUGGAUGUUGUUGGGACUGUGGGAAUAGAGAGGCCCAGAUUUGUGAUCCUGAACCCAGGACUUGGUCCAAGUUCUGUGGUCAGUGUGCUGAUGGAGUCUGCUGUAAAGCCACACACAGGGACCCCACAACAAAGGCAGAUCCGAAGCCUGUAUGUGUGUGCACCAAUCAGGAGAUUUUGUGCGGUACAGAUGGGAAGACAUAUGAGAACAUUUGCCAGCUACGAGCAGUGCAGUGCAGGCUGGGUGAGCAGAAAAAGGUCAUGGUGGCACAUCAGGGAGUCUGUAGAGGAAAACCAGUCAUCACCUAUGCUCCGGGUGACAUUAUCGCUCUGGAAGGAAGCAACAUCCUUCUUUCCUGUGAGGUGUCAUCAUACCCAGUGGCCUCCAUCCAGUGGAAGAAAGAAGGAGACAGUACUUUCCUUGAUUCUGAGGAUUCAAACAGAGUCAUACAGGUGAGUGGAGGCCCGUGGUGUUUUGAGCUCGCUGGCUGGCUUCAGAUCCACAAGGUCGGCCCUGAUGAUGCAGGGGUGUACACGUGUGCUGCCAGGAACACCUUUGGUGAAACAUCUGCCUCUGCACAAUUACGGGUUCUACACACAGGGUCUCAGAAAGGCAGAGAGCUUCCUGAAAGAAAAAAUGAAGCUCACAGCACAUCUAUCAAUGAAGCUGAGAGUGAAGAUGAUGAAGAUUAUGAAGGGCAACCAAGUGGAUAUGUGUAUUUGUAA